AUGAAGCGCAAAAUAGACAGUCUCGAGGACGACCGCGAGCUCCUACUGCAACUUGUCAGCAACCUCCGCGGUUCCAGCAACCGUCAAGUCAUUCAACUACUCAAUCUCAUUCGCAGUAACGCACCACUAGAUGAAAUUAAAGACUACAUGGACAAGAAGAUGCAUGAUGAAAUUGAAAAGACGCCUGAAUUGAUGGAUUUCGCUCGAAUCAUGCGGGGAUCCGGAGCUCAAACGCGGCGCAGCGUCAUGGAUGUGAGAACACUCUCUGAUGAUCCGCUGUGGAAAGUUCCAGCUAGGCCUUGGACCAAAGUGUCGGAUGACGAUGAAUUCGUGUCCCACCUGGUUUCGCUCUGGUUCACAUGGUAUCAUCCAUACUUCAACUACAUGGACCGCGAUCGAUUUAUAAAAGACAUGCAGUCCGGAGAUCCAGAGAAUGCUCUGUACUGUUCGCCUUUCCUUGUCAAUGCCAUUUUGGCAGAUGCUUGCGCCUAUUCAGAUUAUCCUGAAGCGUUUGCUAACCCGGGAGACUUGACUUCUAGAGGCCAGCAUUUCUAUAAUGAGGCCAAAGAUCUUUAUGAGAAAGAAGAUGGCCAGGUGACUUUAACUACGAUUCAAGGCCUAUGUGUCCUCUUUUCAACUGCUUGUAUGAAUGGCAAGGACCGACGUGGGUGGCUCUAUCAAGGCCAACUGGCCUUUGUAGCGGACGACCUAAUCGAGCAACAUGAUUUAAGAAAAGAGUCGGCGUACGCACCAGAGGUUGUGAAUCUCGCAGUCUGGGGCCUCUACAACAUUACAGCGGCGACAUCCCUUAUAUUUCACAAACGACCAUUGAUCCGAGCUCCAAAAACACCAUAUGGAAUGGACUCGAGUCUUCGAAGCGAUUCCAGUGACAUUUGGAUUCCGUAUCCAUCUCUAGUCGGCGGUGUCCCUGCUCAUACAGCCUUCACGGUUAAGGCUCUUGCUGAUCUCAAUAUAAUCACCUUCGAAUCAUCAUCGCCGCUUUUUCAAGGGUCUAAUCAUCUGGAAAAUAUGUCAUUUUCUGAAGUGCAAGACGCCACGGACGAACUACAUGCUCGUCUAGAAGCAUGGAAGGCGAAACUUGACGAUUGCAUGAGAGAGGAAAACAACACUACACCUCAUGCACUGGGUCUCCACAUGUACUGGAACCAGAUUAUCAUGAGUACCAAUGGCUAUGUGGAGAAAAAGGCUAUUCAAGAAGACUUGGACCCUAGAACCUAUCAGUCUGUGAAAAAAUUAAGGCUCACGGCGGCCAGGAAAAUCGCAAGUUUGGCAGAGAUACAGCGGGCCUCAUGGGGAUACGACCGAGUAACAGCUGGAGACGUCCAAUCGUUCUCCAUGGCAGAGAGCACUCUUCUAGAAGACCUCGACAAUCCCGAGAGCCAGAAAGCUUUUAUCAAUCUCUGUAUCGCCUCCAAGGCCGCUGCACGGCGCUGGCCUUUAUGUAAGGCAAUGUUGCGCGCUAUCCAAAUGGCGGCAAAAGAGUUAGAUGUCACGCUUCCUCCCGAAACAGAUGCCUUGUUCUCAGACCUUGAGGGCAAAUGGACCUCUAGGAGAGAAGAGGACAUAAGCAGCCUGUACCCUAAUUUUGCGAUCUAUCUUAGGUCGAAGACGAAUGACGAAGCGGAGCUUGACAGUUUCUUAGAGAAGUGGGACGCGUUGCGUAUCGCUGAAUAG